AUGAGAUCCUUUAUCCUCAUAACGCUACUUUUGGCGCUCACCUGCGCGUUUACGCGUGCACAAUUGAGUUUUCCUGGAACGCAACAGGCAUUUGGUGGCAACAACCGUUACCCCAGAAAUCCUGCACAACAAUCAGCAUACGGCAUAACUAAUCCUAAUAGUAUUGACAGUGCUGGCAGCCGUUAUCCAACUCAAUCCGGCCUGGGUAAUGCUGGAUAUGGCGCUGUAAGUAGCAGUUUACCUGGUCAAGCGGGUAUUGGUGCAUCGCCACCAAGCGCAGCUAAUGGCAAUCCUAACAGCCGUAUAUUGGGUCUACUCGGCGGUGGCGGAGGCGGCGGCGGCGGUCUCUUUAGCAAUCUUAUUGGCGCUUUAACCGGCCGUAAUCGUCCAGGAGGUGCUGGUGGUGCUGGUGGUGCUGGUGGUUUUGGCGGUGGCGCCUAUCCAUAUCCAGUGCCGGUUCCAUAUCCCGGAUAUUCACCUUACGGUCCACCAUCGCCUUAUGGUGGUGGUUUCGGCUAUCCUGGCUUUGGUGGUGGUUAUUAUGGUUAA